ACCAUUCUUCUUCUCCUGAGCACUGCUGCGUACGCUUCUUGAUACACGCCACACAGGUUGCGUAGAGUACGACAAUACUACGCAGGAACACGCAAGCUCUUUCUUUGUUCGACAGUCGGUGCUGGAGGCAGGAGCUUUUGGUCGCAACUUCCUUAUCAGAUCAUCAGAUCCGAAAUCGCCUUGCCACGGCAGGCACGCGUUCUUUCGUGCCCUAUACCAUACGCCUUGCGCAAUAACAUUCACCCUGCUUACACACCAUGUCUUCACUACAUAAAGCCCAUGGCGCUCGCCGCCACUCCUUCUCGGCCUUUGGCAAAGGCAUUGCAGGACAUCGCCACAAGAAUAUUCCACACAGCGCCACGAGCGACCCGAACAAUCCUAUUCCUAUCGAACCGCGCAACACGAAUCUGUCCAAGGAGGAGAAGCUACGACUCAGCGCUCUCACCAGCGCAAUGACUGCCACUGCGAGGUCCAGCGGCGAGAGCCUCGGCUUCUACCCAGACGAUGCUCACACGAGUGACUCCGAUGCGCCCUCGACUCCACCCACCGAGCCGAGCGAUCUCGUGGAAGACUCGAUCAAGAAUAUGAAUGGCCUGUCGUUGAGCGAGCAAGAUCUUCCUGCAACACGGACAACGAAGAAGAGGAGAGCGAGCACAACAUACGCCUCCAAUGUCGAUGACAUUCGAAAGCUCAUUGGACAAGGGACGGGAACACAGUUCCUACAGAAGUACUGUUGUGGAGAGGGAUGUUGUAUGAUUGAGUCGUUGCCACUGCACACAGACGAAGUUGCAUACGCACCCAUCAUCACACCCGCCAACGAUGCAUACCGAGCGCUCAACCUCGACCUGCGAGCACUUUCACUGGACACAGAUCUCACAAAGCUCCCCGAUCCACCAGCACAGAAAGUCUCUUUCGGCGGCAUCAGGAGACAAUCGAUCGUGGAGAAGUUCCCGAACGAGUCAAUGCACAAGCACGAUGCCGACGAGGUCAAUGAGUACCCACCCGAGUAUAUGAAGCCACACCCGCCAUACAGCAUCUUCAACGCACCCGUCUAUGGCGCACGCGAAUUGACCAAACCUGGUGCCGAGAAGCGAACAUUCCACUUUGAUAUUGACGUCACAGACUAUCCGGAGGAGGGUGGCGUUGACUUCAAGGUUGGAGGUGCGAUUGGUAUCUGUCCGCCGAACGACCCGGCUGUCGUGGAAGACAUCAUGGAUCAGCUUGGCAUCCCACGAUUCCAGCGGGACAAGGCCGUUCGUUUGCACACUAACGAAGGAAGAUGGCCUACGAUCUGGGGCGAGGAAGAAGCCAGAGAGCUGGUCACCACGCGACGAGAAGUCCUCACUUGGACAGUCGACAUCUCAUCUACCGCGCCUACGAAGCCCCUAUUGAGCUUGCUUGCCGAAUACGCCACCGAGCCCAACGAGAGAAAGAUUCUGCAGUACCUCUGCAGUGCACAAGGACAGGCUACGUUCUGCGAUCUCCGCACAGGUCCUCACAUCACGCUACAGCAAUUGCUUCAUGCAUUCCCGUCAUCGAAGCCCCCGCUUGAGGCAUUGUGUGGUGUGCUCAAUCAACUCAUGCCACGCUUCUACUCGCUCUCGAACGACCCACACAUUUCAUCAGCCAGAGAAGGGCUCGCUGGUCGACGCCUGAUCGAGAUGGCAGUCACAAUUCACGAGACCGGCAACUUUACUGGCCAGCAGAGAACAGGCGUCGGUUCUGGCUUCAUGGAACGCGUUGCCAAGCGAUUCAUCGAGCACGAUGAGAAAGCGAGGAAGGAGGCUGAAGCUCGAGGCUUCAUGCUGCAGGAAGGCGUUGCUGGCCGACGACUCAACCUCCACGUUCCGAUGUUCCGUGGACUCAUGUCCAACCCACUUUCCAAGAAGUUCAACGCCGACGGCCCGAUGGUGUUGAUUGGUGCUGGUGUCGGCAUGGCUCCAUUCCGUGGCUUCAUCCUCAACAGACUGAAGAAUGCCAACUGUGCCAACAAGAUCUGGCUCAUCCAAGGCAUUCGGGAUACCAUGCUGGAUGAAAUUUACAAGGGCGAGCUUGGCGCGCACGAAAAGGAUAUCAAGAAGGUCGUUCAGUCGAGAGCGCAGACAUUGCCACCUGUCGCUGAAAAUGACGAUGGCGUGAUUGAUCACACGGACGACGACGAGCCUGCCAAGGUCGCCGACCCACGUAAAGCGGACAAGGUGGCCAAAUACGUGCAAGAUGAAGUACGACUUCAAGCCGACAUCGUAUGGUACGUCAUCAACGCUCUCGAUGGCCGUAUCUUCGUCUGUGGCUCUAGUAAGGGCAUGGGCGAAGGUGUCGAGGCUGCUCUCAUCGACGUCGCCAUGGACAAGGGCAACUUGGACUAUGAGACUGCGAAGCAAUUCUGGGAGAGCAAGACUAAGGCUGGGCAAUACAUUGCCGAGACAUGGUAAAUUGAUGGUCUAGUGCCUGUAGGCAUUUGUUCGACUUCUAUUCAUUGUCAAUCGGGCAGGUGGUGGUGUACGAAGACGACACAGGGAGUGGUAAUUUGAUGUUCAGCGAAAUUUGAUAGCGUUCUCGCAACCGGCAUGUAGUGCCUUGUACAUAGCUUUGAAAGCACAUUAGCUUUGAGAAUCGAAGGUCUCGUGAGACAGCGAUUGAUAUCAACG